UGUCAAGCCAAUCCACUUGUAGAGUUAACCCCUCCCAGCUUUUAGUCAUCUUUGCCGGCCAUGUGUGCCAUAUCUAACAUCGAUGCAUUCCUGCCAUGCAGCAAGUCCCAUUUCUUUUUUCUGUAUGGAAGUUCACCCUGGCAGCAGAGGACUAUUGUUAUGUUUCUUUUUCCGCUCGUACAGAUGGCCUGGUAAAAUGAAAAGAAAGAACACAUAACACCCGCCCAGAAAAGACCGUAAUCGCCGUUGGGCUUCGGUGGCAAAGUUCUGCUUGUAUAAAUAAAAAGCACUUUCCUUAUACUUUGCGAACGUCCUUAUAUCCAGUCCUUGUUACGUAUUCCUUUAUACCCCAUUGUCUUGCUCUCUAUCCUGUUUCGAGAACUACUUUUCGUUACACACACUUAGAACAUGACUGAGUCCACUUACAAGGGAGACAGUUCGUCUUCUGAUGCCGCCCCAACCCCUCACAUUGAGGAGGGGGUUACGGCCUACCAGGGGUUCGACAACCAAGUGUCGAACCAGAUCCAAGAGUUGGCCAGAACCUUCACCAAUGCUUCUGCCACCCGCACGACCACCAACCGUUCCGUGGGUCCAAUUACCUCCACCGCCAACUCUGACCUUAUGCGCACCUUGACCAGCAUGUCGGAGGUUCCGGGUGAGGUCCCGUUCUUUGAGGACGUCGACGAGCGUUUGAACCCUGACUCUCCAAACUUCAACUCUCGUCUCUGGGUCAAAAACAUGCAGAUGUUGGUCAACAACGACCCAGAGCAUUACAAGCCAGCAACUUUGGGUAUCGCUUACAAGAAUUUGAGAGCGUAUGGUAAUGCCACCGAUUCUGACUAUCAGGCUACUAUGUCUAACGGCCCAUGGAAGGCCCUUUCUCAGGGCGCCCGCGCUCUCUUUUCCAGGGGCGAGUCUGCCAACCAGUUUGACAUUUUAAAGCCGAUGGAUGGUUUAAUCAAGCCAGGUACCGUGACGGUUGUCUUGGGGAGACCGGGUGCCGGUUGCUCCACCUUGUUGAAGACCAUCAGUGCCCACACAUACGGUUUCAACAUUGGCAGCGAGUCUACCAUCAGUUACGACGGGUUGAGCAUGAAGGACAUCGAGACCCACUACAAGGGUGAAGUUGUUUACUGUGCUGAAACCGAGGUGCAUUUCCCUCAUUUGACCGUCGGUCAGACUUUGGAAUUCGCUGCCAAAAUGAGAACCCCUCAGAACAGACCCGAAGGUGUCACCCGUGAGAUGUAUGCCAAGCACAUGACUGAUGUCGUCAUGGCCACGUACGGUUUGUCCCAUACCAAGAACUCCAAGGUUGGUAACGAUUUGGUCAGAGGUGUCUCGGGUGGUGAGCGUAAGCGUGUUUCCAUUUGUGAGGUUGCUCUUGCCGGUGCUUCUUUGCAGUGUUGGGAUAACUCCACUAGAGGUUUGGAUUCUGCUACUGCUUUGGAAUUUAUCAAGGCGUUGAAGACUUCUGCUACGAUCCAAAAGGCUACCCCGCUCAUUGCCAUUUACCAGUGUUCGCAAGACGCCUACGACUUGUUCGACAACGUUAUCGUGCUCUACGAAGGCUACCAGAUUUACUUUGGUGACUCUAGAGCUGCUAAGGAGUACUUUGUGAACAUGGGUUACGAAUGCCCAAUGAGACAGACCACUGCCGAUUUCUUGACCUCUUUGACCAACCCGGCGGAGAGAAUUGUCAGAUCUGGUUUCGAGACCAAGGUCCCAAGAUCUCCAAAGGAAUUCUCCGACUACUGGAACAGCUCUCGCGAUAGAGCCCAGUUGGUGGAGGCGAUUGACAACCACUUGGCGCACGUCCACGACACCGACAAGGGUGGUGCCUUCCACGAGUCGCACGUUGCCAAGCAAUCUAACCACCUCCGUCCAAAGUCUCCGUACACGGUUUCUUUCGGUAUGCAGGUUAGAUACCUUAUGGGCAGAAACGUUCAACGUAUCAAGGGUGAUCCUUCGGUCACCCUUUUCAUGGUAUUCGGUAACACCCUCAUGAGUUUGGUUUUGUCUUCCAUCUUCUACAAUAUGCAGCCUGAGACUGGUUCCUUCUAUUACCGUAAUGCUGCCAUGUUCUUCUCCGUCUUGUUCAAUGCCUUUGCUUCCAUGUUGGAGAUUUUUGCUCUCUACGAAUGCAGACCAGUUGUUGAGAAGCACAAGACAUACGCCUUGUACCAUCCUUCUGCUGAUGCUCUUGCCUCCAUUAUCACUGAAUUGCCCUCCAAGUUCCUCAUUUCCGUUGCGUUUAACGUGACUUUUUACUUCAUGGUCCACUUCCGCAGGUCUCCGGGUCACUUCUUCUUCUACUACUUGGUCAACUUCACCACCACCAUCUGCAUGUCUCACUUUUUCAGAACCGUGGGUGCUGCUACCAAGACCCAUUCUCAAGCCAUGACGCCAUCUACCGUGUUGUUGCUUGCGUUGGUCAUUUAUACUGGUUUCGUGAUUCCAACUCCAAAGAUGCUUGGCUGGUCUCGCUGGAUCAACUACUUAGACCCAGUUGCUUACGCCUUUGAAGCCUUGAUUGCUAACGAGUUCAGUGGCCGUACCUUUGAGUGCUCUCAGUUCGUUCCUUCGGGUGGUGCUUACGAUAAUGUGGGCGCUCUCAACAGAGUCUGCAACACUGUAGGAGCUGUUGUGGGUCAGGACUUUGUCUCUGGUGAUGCCUACAUGAAUAUUUCAUACCAAUACUACAACAGCCACCGGUGGAGAAACUGGGGUAUCGUGGUAUGUUUUACUGUCUUCUUGUUGGGUACCUACAUUUACUUGACUGAAAUCAACCAGGGUGCUAUGCAAAAGGGUGAAAUUUUGUUGUUCCAACGGUCGUCUUUGAAGAAGAUGAAGCACCAGAAGCGUUCUGCUGACGCUGAGGCCGGUGCGUUGGAGAAGGUUUCCCCUGAACAAGAAAAGACCGAUGGUGAUUCCUCGAGUGAGGAUGCUGACAACAAGUUGUCUGGCUCUAGCGACACUUUCCACUGGAGAAACUUAACCUACCAGGUUAAGAUUAAGUCUGAAGACAGAGUGAUCUUGAACGACAUCAGUGGCUGGGUUAAGCCUGGCCAGUUGACUGCCUUGAUGGGUGCCUCUGGUGCUGGUAAGACCACCUUAUUGAACGCUUUGUCCGAUAGAUUGACCUCCGGUGUUGUCACCAACGGGGUUCGUAUGGUGAACGGCCACCCGUUGGAUGACUUCUUCCAGAGAACCACCGGCUAUGUUCAGCAACAGGAUUUGCACUUGGAAACCUCUACCGUCAGAGAGGCCUUGCGCUUCUCUGCGUACUUGCGCCAACCGGCUUCUGUCUCGAGAAAGGAGAAGGAUGAAUACGUUGAAUAUUGUAUCGAUUUGUUGGAGAUGCACAAGUAUGCCGAUGCCGUUGUCGGUGUUGCCGGUGAAGGGUUGAAUGUUGAACAGAGAAAGAGAUUGACCAUUGGUGUCGAAUUGGCUGCGAAGCCAAAGUUCUUGUUGUUCUUGGACGAGCCAACCUCUGGGUUGGAUUCCCAGACCGCCUGGUCCAUCUGCAAGUUGAUGCGUAAGUUGGCCAAUCACGGCCAGGCUAUCUUGUGUACCAUUCACCAGCCUUCGGCUAUGUUGUUGAAAGAGUUUGAUAGAUUAUUGUUCUUGCAGAAGGGUGGCCAGACCAUUUACUUUGGUGACUUGGGUGAGAACUGUAACACCUUGAUUGACUACUUCGAGGCGUAUGGUGCUCCAACGUGUCCUCCUGAAGCUAACCCGGCCGAAUGGAUGUUAGAAGUUAUUGGUGCUGCUCCUGGUACUAAGGCUAACCAAGACUACCACGAGGUUUGGUGUAAGUCUACCGAGUUCCAGGAAGUGCAAAGAUCCUUAAACGAGAUGGAACAGGAAUUGGUCAAAUUGCCAAAGCAGGACUCAGCUGAUGCGAACCAAACAUACGCUGCGAGUUUGUGGCAGCAGUACUUGAGCGUCACCCGCCGUGUUUUCGAACAAUACUGGAGAUCACCAUCCUACCUCUACUCGAAGUUGGCUUUGGCUACCUUCUCUGCCCUCUUUAACGGUUUCUCUUUCUUUAAGGUUCAUAAGACCAUUGCCGGUUUGCAGAACCAGAUGUUUUCGAUUUUCAUGAUGUUUGUUUUGUUCAACACUUUGGUUCAGCAAUACUUGCCACACUUUGUUGCUCAAAGAGAUUUAUACGAGGCCAGAGAAAGACCUUCCAAGACCUUCUCCUGGUUCGCUUUUAUCACCGCCCAGAUUACCGUUGAAAUCCCAUGGAUGGCCUUGGCCGGUACUCUCUGUUUCUUCUGCUGGUACUACCCAAUCGGGUUCUACCAGAACGCUGUUCCAACUGAUACGGUCAACGAAAGAGGCGCUCUCAUGUGGCUCCUCCUUGUGCUUUUCUUCGUUUACACCUCCACCAUGGGCCAGCUUUGUAUCUCGUUCAUGGACCUUGCCGACAACGCUGCCAACAUGGGCAACUUGUUGUUCACAAUGUGUCUUAACUUCUGUGGUGUUUUAGCCACCAAGGACAAGUUACCGGGCUUCUGGAUCUUCAUGUACAGAUUGAAUCCUUUCACGUAUUUGGUCCAAGCCAUCUUGAGUAACGGUCUUGCCAACUCUUCUGUCACUUGUGCUAAGGAUGAGUUGUUGAAGUUUGCUCCACCAAGUGGCAUGGACUGUGGUACGUACAUGAAGGAUUACAUAACUGCCAGUGGCAGCGGUUACUUGGUCGACUCUUCUGCCACUGUUCAAUGUGAAUUCUGUACCAUGAGUUCGACCAACGUCUUCUUGGAUAGUGUCAAUGCGAUAUACUCUGAAAGAGGUAGAAACAUUGGUAUUUUCAUUUGUUUCAUUAUCUUCAAUAUCAUUGGCACCAUCUUCUUCUACUGGUUGGCUAGAGUGCCAAGAGGUAACAGACAGAAGAAAUAGAAAACAUACUGCCUCUUUUCCAAAUUUGGGAAUACUUUGCCUUUAAUAUCUUUUUUUUUUAUUUCAGUUCUUGCUGAUUCUUUAAUAUUUUUGUUUUUCUUUUAGAUAUAUGUAAUUAAACUUUAUGGAUG